GAAACCCCGACCCCGCACACUUUUUUUCUUCUUCUUCUUCUUCUUCUUCUUCUUCGUCUGACCAUCGCCAAUGGCGGAAACCUAGGGCUAGGGUUUUGUGCUGUACCCCUCCCAAAACCCUAACCCUAGAAGCAAAACGAUCCCUUCCCCCCCUACUGUGCUACGCUUCUCUGCGCCAUGGCGAGGAACGACGACGUCCUCUUCGUCUCCUCCUCCAUCAAGAUCCCCCUCGCCUCCCCCUCCCCUUUUCCUCCCCCUCCUUUCGUCUCCGCCCUCCCCUUCGCGCGCCACGCGCUCUCCGUCCACCUCGACCGCGCCGCCGACGCAGUCCGCGGCUGGUGGCGGCAGCGGCGGACGCUCCCGUUCUCGUUCUCGUUCCCGUUCCCGCCGCCGUUCGCGGCGGCGGUGGCGGCGGUGGCGCGGGCGGAGCCGGAGCCGCGGCGGCACGUGGGGAGGGAGGACGAGGAGCGGGUGCUCAUCAGCGAGGUGCUGGUCCGGGACAAGGACGGGGAGCCGCUCGAGCGCGCCGACCUCGAGGCGGCGGCGGCCGCGGCGCUGCGCUCGUGCCGCCCCAACUCGGCGCUCACCGUGCGCGAGGUGCAGGAGGACGUGCACCGGAUCAUCAAGAGCGGGUUCUUCAGCUCCUGCAUGCCCGUCGCCGUCGACACCCGCGACGGCAUCAGGCUCAUCUUUCAGGUAGAACCCAAUCAGGAUUUUCAUGGUAUGCUUUGUGAGGGUGCAAAUCUUCUACCUUCAAAGUUCUUGGAAGAUGCAUUUCGCGAUCAAUAUGGGAAAAUUGUCAAUAUAAGACAUUUGGAUCAAGCAAUCAAAUCUAUCAAUGGCUGGUAUCAGGAUCGUGGGCUAACUGGUUUGGUUUCCUAUGCAGAGAUACUUUCGGGAGGAAUCCUUAGGUUACAGGUUACUGAAGCAGAGGUUAAUAACAUCAUUAUCCGUUUUCUUGAUAGAAGGACUGGCGAACCAACUGUUGGGAAGACGAAACCAGAGACCAUACUCCAACAGCUUACUACAAAGAAAGGACAGGCCUAUAGUAGAGCACAAGUUAAAAGAGAUGUUGAGACAAUAUUGACUAUGGGAAUUAUGGAAGAUGUUACUAUUAUUCCACAGCCUGUUGCAGAUACAAAUAAAGUUGAUCUUGUUAUGAAUCUUGUUGAACGUCCAAGCAGAGGUUUCUCUGCAGGCGGUGGAAUUUCAAGUGGGAUUACCAAUGGACCUCUUUCAGGACUCAUUGGAAGCUUUGCCUAUUCCCACCGGAAUCUUUUUGGGAGGAACAAGAAACUAAAUCUUUCACUAGAAAGGGGCCAAGUUGAUUCCAUAUUCCGCUUGAAUUAUAUUGACCCAUGGAUUGAUGGAGACAAUAAGAGGACAUCAAGAACAAUUAUGAUUCAGAAUUCUAGGACUCCUGGAACGCUUGUUCAUGGCAGCAGCCAAUCUGAGCAUGGUGGCCUGACCAUUGCACGAGUUACUGCCGGAAUUGAAUACAGUCGACCUUUCAGGCCCAAGUGGAGUGGAACUGUUGGCUUAAUUUUUCAGCAUGCUGGUGCUCGUGAUGAUAAAGGCUAUCCCAUCACCAGAGAUAUCUAUAACAGCCAGUUAACUGCCAGUGGAAGGGCUUAUGACAACACACUAAUUGCAAAGUUUGAAAGCAUCUAUACAGAUUCUAGUGAUCACAGUUCCACAAUGUUUGUAUUCAACGUGGAACAAGGGCUCCCUUUCCUUCCGGAGUGGCUAUGUUUCAACAGAGCGACUGCUCGUGUUAGGCAAGGUUAUGAAAUUGGGCCUGCUCGGUUGCUCUUAUGUGCAUCUGGAGGGCAUGUGGUGGGGAACUUCUCACCUCAUGAGGCAUUUGCAAUUGGUGGGACGAAUAGUGUUAGAGGUUAUGAAGAAGGUGCAGUUGGUUCUGGGCGCUCAUAUGCUGUUGGUAGCGGAGAAGUAUCUUUUCGCAUGUAUGGACCUCUAGAAGGUGUGGUAUUUGGAGAUUAUGGAAGUGACCUUGGCUCGGGAUCUAAAGUAACUGGUGACCCAGCUGGAGCAAGGGGGAAGCCUGGAAGUGGUUAUGGUUAUGGAGUUGGUAUUCGUGUGGACUCGCCACUGGGCCCCCUUCGGCUUGAAUAUGCCUUCAAUGAUAGAAAUGCAAGGAGAUUUCACUUUGGAGUUGGCUAUCGGAACUAAUGAAACUUUCAAAUUUAACUCUUUUCAUAGCAAGUAUGUGCCUUUAUUUUUUUUCCCAUUUUUUUUAAUGAGGUUAAUUUGAGAAGACUUCCUCGGAAGUUAUUUUGUCAGGAUUUUACAGGUCUACAGGAGAAAAAUUCGUUGUAAAUUAUUUUGACGGGCUAUUUCUGUUGUCCUUUUUUUUGUAUGAUUUUGUGAUUUUGGGAUAUUUUGCUUCUUCUGUUCCCUCUUCAAGAUAUUGUUAGAAUUCUAUAAAUGUUUCCGUUCUCAAAAAU